GCACUCCGACAAUUGGCUCCGAUAGGAAGUAACAGAGUCAGUUAGGAGCAUUUCAGCAACCUUUUUCUCCUAUGUUUCUAUGCUUUCGCUGGUAGCGGGAAGAGAACUCACAGCUGAGAAAACAACUCCGGGCUGAGAAAAGAACUUAGGUCUGACUCGUGCCAAGCUUCCAGCGCAACCGCAGUGACUCUGCCUCAGCGGGUCGUGCGUUUAAACGAGACCCGAGUCACUCUACGGGAGCGGGGGUGGAGUCAUUCAUGAUUCAAUGGUGAUACGGAAGCGGUGCUGUGCCGAGAAAUCAGAAAUUGGCCGACCAGAUGUAGCAAAUUUGUAACUCCGAUAGUUGCUUAGUCUAGGACAUGAAGCAUACAUUCGCUUGUAAGCAGGGUUGAGCAAAGAACUGGCUCUACUCCUGCAGAAGUUUCCUUGGAGAGGAGUGGGAAACUCCGCCAGUCAAGGGGGAAGUUGCGCUGAACAGAAGGGCGGCGAGAAACAGAGAAUCGUGUGGGGUUGCUGCCGAGAGAAACGUGUAAAAUAACUGGGUCCUUACACAACGGCGGUUUUGGUCCGUUUGUCCUUGCUUUUUUUAUAUAUCUCCCAGAUUGUCCAGCACUGUCUGUAGUGUCCUCAACCUCUCAUUCGUGCUAGAAGCUUGCUUGCUGCCUUUCCUGUCCCUUCCCUUCGGCUGAUCUUCUUUAGCUUGUUGUCUCCUGUCACUCGACCUUAAAACAGUCAUGGCAUCGUCCCAACCAGAUACAGCGGUCGCGGCCGCGUCGGAAGCGCCUAGUAUACUGAACAACGAGAAGUCCGACCUCACACCCGAUGUUUUGACGGACGGGCAGACUACAGCAUCCGCAAGGCGCAGCUGGUUCUCAGGACGAAAGCAGGACGAGAAUUCUAAGCGACGCAAGAAGCAGGUGGACGUAGAGGAUGGUGACAGUUCUGAGAAGACAGCGGUGGACAGUGCCACAAAGCAGGUCGACUUCACGGGAUUAUUCAGGUUCUCGACGAGGUUCGAACUUCUCCUGGACUUCGUUGGUAUCAUAUGUUCUGCCACUGCUGGAGCUGCGCAGCCCGUAAUGGGUAUAAUCUUUGGUAAUCUUACACAAAGCUUCGUCGACUUCGGUUCGGCAGUCCAGGGCUUACAAGAUGGAACGGCCAGUCCUGACGAGGUCGAACAGGCAGCGUCAAAUUUACGGCACGAAGCUUCGCUCGAUGCCUCGUAUCUCGUUUAUAUCGGCCUUGGAACAUUGGUCUGCACUUUCAUUCAUAUGUACACAUGGGUCUACACUGGAGAGGCCGCCUCCAAGCGUAUUCGCGAGAAGUAUCUGAGCGCAGUAUUGCGCCAGGACAUUGCUUUCUUCGAUAACGUAGGAGCAGGAGAAAUCUCUACUCGCAUUCAGACAGACACUCACCUAAUUCAGCAAGGCAUUUCAGAGAAAGUUGCGCUCGCUGUCCACUUCUUAGCCGUGUUUAUUGCUGGCUUCAUCAUCGCAUAUGUCCGAUCAUGGCAACUCGCUCUUGCGCUAACAUCGAUUUUGCCGUUCAUCAGUAUUACCGGUGCUAUCAUGAACAAAUUUGUUUCCAAGUUCAUGCAGACCUCCCUCAAGCACGUCGCAGAAGGAGGCUCCGUAGCGGAGGAGGCCAUUUCGACGAUCCGGACUGCGCACGCCUUCGGUACCCAGCAUAUUCUCUCGGCAUUGUACGAUAUGCACAUUGAACAAGCUCAUGUUGUGGACCUGAAGUCAGCGGUCGUUAGCGGAUGUGGACUCUCAGUAUUCUUCUUUGUUAUUUACUCGUCGUAUGCGCUUGCAUUCUCAUUCGGCACAACGUUGAUUAUCCACGGACAUGCUACUGUCGGCGAAAUCGUGAACGUCAUCACCGCAAUACUGGUUGGCUCGGGCUCGUUGGCCAUGUUAGCCCCUGAAAUUCAAGCUGUUUCGCAAGCUCGAGGAGCUGCAGCUAAGCUAUGGGCGACCAUUGACCGUGUGCCCUCUAUUGACAUCGAGAAUGAAGGCGGACUGAAACCAGAGAUUGUUAUAGGAAAAAUUGACUUCCAGAACGUCGACUUCAAUUACCCUUCACGUCCAACCGUGCAGAUUGUCAAGAACCUUAAUAUGUCAUUUGCUUCUGGCAAGACGACGGCGCUUGUUGGUGCAUCCGGCUCCGGGAAGUCCACCAUCGUUCAUCUUGUCGAGCGCUUUUACGACCCACUGAACGGCUCUGUUCGCCUUGACGGUGUUGAUCUACGUGAUCUCAAUCUCAAGUGGCUACGUUCACAGAUUGGACUCGUUUCACAAGAGCCUGUACUCUUCGCUACGACGAUAAAGGAUAACGUUGCUCAUGGGCUGAUCGGCACAAAAUGGGAGCACGCUUCCGAAGAGGAGAAAUUCAAGCUGAUCAAAGAAGCGUGCAUAAAGGCUAAUGCUGACGGAUUUGUUUCCAAGCUACCGCUUGGUUAUGAAACUAUGGUCGGUGAACGUGGGUUCUUGCUAAGCGGCGGUCAAAAGCAGCGUAUUGCCAUCGCUCGUGCAAUCAUCUCGGAUCCACGAAUUCUUCUCUUGGAUGAAGCAACAUCUGCCCUGGAUACUGAAAGCGAGGGCAUUGUGCAGGAUGCGCUCGACAAGGCAGCUGCUGGUCGUACGACAAUCACAAUUGCGCACCGCCUGUCCACGAUCAAGAACGCAGAUCAGAUCUUUGUUAUGGAUCAGGGAGUUGUCCUUGAGCGUGGUACACACGACGAGCUGCUUGCGAACCCGGAUGGACAUUAUGCACGUCUCGUUCAAGCUCAGAGGUUACGUGAGGCGGAGCAACGAGCAGGAGACGAAGAGUCCGCCGUUACUGUAUUAGAAGGUGGUGCAAAUGACAAAGAAUCACGUCGUGACUACGCGGCGGAAGCGCAGGAGGAAAUUCCACUCGGACGCAAGGCAUCUGGCCGUUCUCUGGCGAGUGAAUUGGCUGAAAAGGGACAGAAGGAGAAGACGACAGAAGAAAAGGACCUCGACCUGCUCUAUAUCUUCAAGCGUUUUGGUGCAAUCCAGUCUAAUGUUUGGAAGAGCUACGCGAUUGGCGGUGUCUUUGCUAUACUAACUGGUCUUGCGUAUCCUGCCUAUGGCAUCGUUUACGCACUUGCCAUUACCACAUUCCAGAAUACGGAUGAUCAUCAUGCCCUUCGACACAACGGCGAUCGCAAUGCAUUGUGGUUCUUCCUUAUUGCGAUCUUAUCAACGAUAUUCAUCGGAUUCCAGAAUUACGGAUUUGGAGCAGCGGCAGCGAACUUGACAAACAGGUUAAAAAUGAUGCUUUUCAAAGCAAUGCUUCGGCAAGAUAUUGCAUUCUUUGACGAGGACAAGCACAACACUGGAGCUCUGACAACCAGCCUCAGUGGUAACCCACAGAAGGUCAAUGGGCUCGCAGGACUCACUCUUGGAACUAUUGUCCAGAGUUUGGCGACUGUCGUCGCAGGUUUCAUCAUAGGUCUUAUAUACCAGUGGAAGCUUGCUCUUGUUGGCAUUGCUUGCACUCCAAUUCUGAUCUCAGGUGGAUAUAUCCGCCUCCAAGUUGUCGUCCUGAAGGAUCAACAGAACAAGAAAGCACACGAGCAAUCCGCUCAAGUCGCUUGUGAGGCUGCUGGGGCGAUUCGUACAGUCGCAUCACUGACUCGUGAAAAGAACUGUCUCGAAAUCUAUAGCAAGUCUCUUGAGGAGCCGCUUCGCCGUUCCAAACGCACCGCGAUAUGGUCCAACCUCAUUUACGCGGCGGCACAAGGCUCCGCCUUCUUCAUCAUUGCACUUGUAUUCUGGUAUGGCGCACAGGGAGUGAGCAAACUUGAAUACAGCACGAACGCCUUCUUUGUUUGUUUAUUUGCCAUCACAUUCGGUUCAAUGCAAGCAGGGGGUGUGUUCGCGUUCGUCCCGGACAUUUCGUCGGCAAAGGGCGCAGGCUCCAACAUCAUUCGUAUGAUGGAUUCCAUGCCAGAGAUCGAUGCUGAGUCCAAGGAGGGUGCUGUAUUGAAAGAGGCACAAGGGCACAUUCGUUUUGAAAACGUGCACUUCCGUUAUCCAACACGUCCUGGUGUACGAGUACUUCGGGAUUUGAACUUGGACAUUAAACCUGGCACGUAUGUGGCACUUGUCGGAGCUUCGGGUUGUGGUAAGAGUACCACUAUCCAGCUUGUCGAGCGCUUCUAUGAUCCAUUGUCAGGUAAAGUCUACCUCGACGGACAAGACAUCUCAAAGCUCAAUGUCGAGGAAUACAGGAAGCAUCUCGCCCUUGUUUCUCAAGAACCUACUCUUUAUGCGGGAACGGUCCGUUUCAAUGUUUUGCUUGGAGCGACAAAGCCACACGAAGAAGUUACUCAAGAAGAGAUUGAAGCCGCUUGCCAUGAUGCCAACAUUCUCGACUUCAUUAGUUCAUUACCUCAGGGUUUCGACACGAAUGUCGGAGGCAAAGGCUCUCAGCUCUCUGGCGGUCAGAAACAACGUAUCGCCAUCGCACGAGCUCUUCUACGCAACCCUAAAGUGCUAUUGCUGGAUGAGGCGACGUCUGCAUUAGACUCGAAUUCUGAGAAGGUUGUGCAGGAGGCGCUUGACAAGGCCGCUAAGGGUCGAACGACUAUAGCUAUUGCACACCGGCUGUCUACCAUCCAAAAUGCAGACUGCAUCUACUUCAUCAAAGACGGGCGUGUCAGUGAAGCUGGAACGCACGAGGAAUUGAUCGCCCGAAAGGGUGAUUACUACGAAUACGUCCAGCUACAAGGCCUAUCAAAGUAGUUCUCUGAUUCUCUUGCUUUCCGUGUUUUACGAGAUACUCUCACGUCAGGUUUCUGUCGGACACUUUUCAUGGAUUUCAUACCCUCCGUCUGCUAACAUCUCGAUGACCUGGAAAAUUCUAUAGAAAAAGAUUGACGAGAAUUACACUGCUUUGAUUUUCCCCUUGUUUGUCUCAUCCCCCUCCCGGACGUUUCACCCCGGUAUCCCUCAUCUUUCUCCAACCCUUUUGAUUUAUUCCGUGACGUUUUUCUCAUGUGCGAUGUAGAUGCAUUCAUGACGGAUAUUAUCUGCAGGUUCAGGAACAUGGAUAGAUUAGCAAUUAUAGAGGACUAAUGUAGUG